ACAGACGUCUUUACAAAAAUAACCUAAGUCUUAUAUCUAGUUUUGUUUGGCUAAGAAUAUUUAAUUUUCAUCGAGUUUCAAUAAUUAUUAAUAAUACUGGAAGGUUAAACUAAACUAGAGCCAUGUUUGGUUCAAUACUAAAACAAUUUUCCAGAUUAUCUCUAAACCAAGCGCACCUACAAGCUAAUGGUCGAAAUAUAUGCACCGCUACUGUAUUACAAUUUAAAAUCACUGAUUAUCUAUGUGCGGAGCCAAUGAAGAAGAAAAAGAAGAUAGAUCCACAGAUAGUAAGGGCUCGCGAGGAACGUCGGAGGAAAAAGAUAGAGAAGCAGAUUAGACGCCUGCAAAAGAAUGCUCGGCAGCUGAAGCCCAUUGAUGAAGUGGAGGUGCCCCUGGAAAUUCUGGACAAUAUUGAAAAACGCAGUCGAGGUCCUCCCAAGCUAUCCCAGGAGGUGCUGGAAGCCCGAGCACUAUUACAGAAGGAUUGGACUCGUUACAAACAUGGGGAGUACAUUGCUCAUGUUGCGCAAAUUGAUAGGAUUAUGAGCGCUCAAAGAAGGGCUUUGGAUAAGCUCUAUGAGGAGUCUGAGGACUUGUAUAAUGAAGCUAUUAUGCCGGAUUUACAACUGAUCCCGUACACGGUGACGGGCCCGGUCGCGACGCCCCCCAUCAAGGGCUACGAGUCUCCUGACGGAGAGUACCUGGACGUCUCCAAGAAGUGGGACAAUUAGAAGCAUAUAGUCAACUUGUUUAGUGUAAAUAAAUGUAUAGUUAUUGA